AUAUGACGUUCUUUUUCCUUUCUAAACCGGAUAAUUUUGUAUUAAAGUAACAAUGGCUCUUAAUUUAACUGUAAAAGUUCAUCCCGUAGUUUUAUUCCAAAUAGUGGAUGCUUAUGAACGUCGAAAGGCAGAAUCUUUACGUGUAAUUGGUACAUUAUUAGGAACUUUGGAAAAGGGAGUCGUUGAAGUAACUAAUUGUUUCUGUGUACCACAUAAAGAAUCUGAAAGUCAAGUAGAAGCUGAUCUUUCGUAUGGUGUUGAUCUGUAUGAUUUGAAUCACAGGGUCAAUGCUCAAGAAAAUAUUGUUGGUUGGUGGGCAACAGGCAAUGAGGUUACAACUCAUUCGUCUGUUAUUCAUGAAUAUUAUGUACGAGAAUGUAAUAAUCCAGUUCAUUUAACAGUUGACACUACUUUAACAAAUACUACAAGGAUGGCAAUUAAGGCUUAUGUAUGUGUCCCAUUAGGAGUACCAAAAGGAAAACAAGGUUCAAUGUUUACACCAGUAAAAGUACAGAUUACAUGCUACGAACCUGAAAUUGUUGGCUUGCAAUUGUGUUCAAAGACACAAUUGCAAUCCCAUGUACCAGUACCUGGUGUUAAGGCUGGUGGAGGAAUAGAGCCAAUGAUGGACCUUGCACAAAUAGCAGAAGCUAGUUCUAAAUUAUCUUUGAUGCUAGAACAAGUUCUUAAUUAUGUAGAUGAUGUUCUUGCUGGAAAGCAACCACCAGACAAUCAAGUUGGUCGAGCUCUCUUAGACAUGGUACAUUCAGUACCAAAGAUGAGUAGUGAUCAAUUUGAUGAAAUGUUCAACAGCAAUGUAAAAGAUCUUUUGAUGGUAGUUGCAUUGUCACAAUUGAUAAAAACACAAUUGCAACUUAAUGAAAAACUUACAUUGCUCACAACAUUAUAAUUUUUAAAACUUACAAAUAUCCUGUAUUAAUAAAAAUAGUGAUAUAAAAUUAAAA